AUACUAGAAUAUAUGUAUGUAUGUACUCCGUAGCUCCGUCUAAAAAGAAGAAUUAGGGAAGAAAAAAAAAAAGGCGGCCAUCAAAAAGAACGAGGGACGUGGGACUCGAACCCACAAUCUUAGCUUAGCUUACUACUCGCAGUAAAUGAAAGUAGGAGAGCUACGCAUUACCCUUCUGCCAGCCCCUCUAACGCUAAGUAAGACGGCGCCCUCUUUCGGCCCUUAACCAGGAGACUGCCCGUGGACGGCAGAGAGCCACGCCAUGCGAAAGCGGACAUUUAGAAGAGCAGACAAGGCACAAAGAGAGCUUCCUACGCUGCAGGAUUCUGCCUGGCCUGCUCAAGGGCUCUUUUACAUCUAGACUUCGCUGGUCGGAGAGAAAAACGCCGGUCCAGCCUUGCCGCGGACCUCGGCAUCCUCGUCUGCUGAGUAACACUAACGCCGACUUCAAGUUUUGCAGUGGGCCUGCGGAACAGCCUCCUAUCAACAGUUUGAUAGCGGACAUCUACCUGCUGAAAAGCUGCUGCCUAGGACGUUGUUGGGGGCGAGUGGAUAGAGACGCAGCUCAACCUCGAGGACUAUUCUGGAAUCGAGACUCUCCCGGCCUUCCACGCUCAACAUGGCUCGUCUAGCCCUCGGGCUGAGGCACAGCUGUUGCUUAUCCCAAUUGAGGAACCAGUUGCUUCGGCAGGUCCCUGCUUCAGCCAGAUCCAUCCGGGCCCCAGCAAGGCCCUAUUCGUCUGGUUAGUCUUGUCCCCUGCGGUCCGUUUCCGGCACAUUUUUAUGCCGUUGGGAAAACUUUGCCAUUUAUAGGCUUCUUAUCUAUACAAAUAUAUACACCUUCUUGCGUAUGCAUUCAACUUACUUACUUUUCUUUCCAGCUCAAAGCCAGACUGCAUCCCGAGGCGCUUAUUCUUAUACAUAUCCUCCCCCUCCUCCUCCUACAUAUAAACAACGGUCACUUUUCCGUCGCAUACUCGGUUUCUCGGCCAUAGCCAUCGGCUCUUUCCUCGUCGGCGCCAUGACAAGCCCGGAGCUUGUCGACAUGGGGCGUGACAUCGCUUCUAUGCGGCAGCUUUCAAAGACUAGGCUGCUCUACAUACCCCCGGAUGAGAUAUCCAAGGAAAUCAAUGACUAUAUCGACACACAUCCUCUCUCUGUUUCACUACGGGGAGAUGCCAGAUACACCGAAUCUCGACCACAUCUGGAACAGCCUCCCAGAAUGCGUGCGCACAGCCUCACGGGCGGCACAUUGGCAGGUCCGGAACGUAUAGUCGUGCCACCAUUCACAUGGAGUACUACGGACGGCUCAUCGUUUGUCUCGAUAUUUUAUCUCGGUUCUGACGUGUGUGGUCACCCUGGUAUUGUCCACGGUGGUCUGUUGGCCACUUUGCUCGACGAAGGGCUCGCAAGGACAUGUUUCCCCGUUUUGCCAAAUAAGAUUGGUGUCACGGCCAAUUUGAAUAUUGACUAUCGUGCCCCUGCGCCAGCCGGAGAAUUCUUUGUCCUGAGAGCGAAGGUCACCAAGGUCGAUGGCCGUAAGGCAUGGGUGGAAGGCUGGAUUGAGGGCCUGCCCAAAGAUGGAACCGACCCUGUCAAGUACGUCGAGGCGAAGGCUUUGUUCAUAGAGCCGAAGACGGCUGGAUUAUUUUCCAAAGGCCAAAAGGACACCUCUGCCAAAACUUCACCUUCUAUCCCCCGUUGACACACACAAAUAUUCCCAGCCUUUUAGCUCCGCGUUUCCCGUCCAGUUCUACAUCCAGAGAUA